AUGUCUCAAGAAAAAUCAUUACAGGAUAUAUAUGAACAAAGAGAGACUUGGUGCAUGGUGGAACGGCAUCCCAACCAGUAUUGGUUCAGAGCUGAGAGGAAACAUUUUCCCCAUCAAUUCCAAAGUGUUCUAAGUCAACAGCCUCCACCACCCACUGAAUCAAGAAGCACAUGGGCUGUAAUUACCCCAAAACACAGGGAAAAGAGGCACUUCCCUGAUGCAGGUAAAGGUCACCUAGUGUAAUGUGGAAAAAAAUAAAAUUGAGACGAUAAUUAUUACCAAAUAGUUGUGACAUGGAGGGAGAACUGGAACCAAAGAGCUGUGAAGAGGAAAAAACUGCUCAAACGUCAUUCUUCAACAUUACUUCUUAUUGUGUUAAUCAUGUAUCAAGUACAUACAG